CUGUUGUCGCGCGCCGCCGGCGCCGCCGCCGACCAAAUCCAAACCCCACGCCGCCCCGCCGCCGCCCAAAAUCCCCCAUGUCGCCGCCGCAGCGCCGCUCGCCCGUGCCGCCGGAUCUGAUGGACGAGAUCCUGGGCGAGAUCCUCCUCCGGAUCCCGCCGGAGGAGCCCGCGCACCUCAUCCGCUUCGCGCUCGUCUGCAAGCCCUGGCUCCGGGUCCUCUCCGACCCCGCCUUCCGCCGCGGCUACCGCGAGCGCCACCGCAGGCCGCCCCUCCUCGGCUUCGUCCACAACCUCUACGAGAACGGUCCGAUCCCCCGCUUCGUCCCCACCACCGCCUCCCGCUGCUCCUCGCCGGUGUUCAACUGCCAGAACUGGUGGGCUCUCGACUCCCGCCACGGCCGCGUCCUCGUCAACAGGUUCGAACCGUCCGACCUCGUCGUCUGGGACCCCGUCAGUGGCGACCAGCAGCACCUGCCCCUGCCCCCCUACUCGCACGCGUACGACACCGGAGCAGUGCUGUGCGCGGCGGCAAGCUGUGAUCACCUUGACUGCAGCAGCGGCCAAUACUCGUGGUCUUCGUGGGCACCGACGAUGAGGAGGCCGUCACUUGGGCUAGCAUGUACUCGUCGGAGACCCGUGGCUGGAGCGCAAUCGCCACCGCUGAUUUCAGUGCCUCCACCAUGGUGGACCUCCACUCCUACAUUGAGACAAAGCCCAGCAUCCUCAUCGGCAAUGCACUCUAUUUUUCCGUUGAGCUAGGGAAGGCUAUCCUCAAAUACGACCUUGCGGGGCAGGGCCUCUCGGUGAUUGAUGCACCAGAAGUGUCCAAGCAGAUGCGUAUCCUCAUGGCUGUAGAGGAUGGAGGGUUGGGAUUUGCCGCCAUUGAGGGUGACGACCUCCACCUGUGGUCAUGGCUGACUGGCAACUCAUCUGCAGGAAGGACGCUAUGCAGAGUCAUUCAACUUCAGAGUCUUCUUCCAGCUCGGAACAAAUCAUUUCCGUCUGAACUGAUUGGCUUUGCUGAAAGCACAGAUACCAUCUUCUUGGAGACAUAAGCCGGAGUUUUCACAAUUGAGAUCAAGUCAGAGAAGAUAAAGAAGGUAGGCAAGAGAGGCGGCUGCUACGCUGUCCUACCCUACAUGAGCUUCUGUGCUCCAGUAUGAUCUUGGAAUAGGAAUGCUGCAAGACAAUUCAAAUAGAAGAUCAUGGAUGGAAUUCCUGCAAGAGCCAAGCACAAACUGUUGUCAGCGCUUCUCUGUUGAUGUUUCGUUCUCGCCUUUCUUGCAGACCGGUUAGGGUUAGGUUACACCAUCUGCUUCAGGUGAUUUCGGGAAUGUGGAAUGUCUCUUCAUUUGAGAAGAGAGAAAGAGUGUUUUGUUGGGAUAUUACUGGUGCGUAUGUUUAUGCAUGGCUUUUCAGGCUCAAAUCAAGGGGGGAAAAAAUAGACUAAUGGGCUGGUAAAUUUAUGUUCUGGUGGAUUUUCUCUAUGGCUUUAUUUUUAGUUCCAAGAAUCCUGGUGAACUCCGGAACUUAAAAUGAAAUCCUAAAAUUCUUUCUCUAA